GGACAACAAGCUUGGGAACCAGUUUGGAGUUGUUUUCAGGAGCCAAUGAUUCACUGUUUAAGGCAAGUUUCUUUUCUGUUUUGGAAGACCUAUUGAGAAAUCUAACUAACUUCUACAUUUUCUAUAUAAACCUCCCCCCAAACAGCCAUAUGUCUCCUCAGAGAUAUUUUGAUUGGAUAACACCACCAAUAGAGUUAUGCCCCUUGAUUUUGCUCUGGUACAUAAAUGACAAUUUUUGGGGGGUUUGUUACUUAUAUAGUAUCCAGGACAUCCCAUCAUGUCCAAGCUGGUGUACAAAGUUUCCUCCACUGCCAAGGUAGAGCAGAUGGAAGCAGAGUUGUCUGUCCAGCUGUCAGCUUUCCGAACUGAAAUAGAGGAGAAUGGAUCUCCCCUGGAAACACCCUCCAAGUCUUACAGCUCAGUUCCAGUUCCUAAAGAUGUAUCAUACUUUCGUAUGGAGAGAGAGCAGGUCCUGAGGAGAGGUCUUCAGGUGGCAGAAGCACUGCCAGUGGUGCCUCUGUCUGAUGUGCUACAGAGAGAGCUGCAAAGCUGCCUAAGCCUGGAGUACACACCUGAGAGUCUGCCUCUUCUCCUGCACCAGUUUUAUGCAGACCGAUGCUACCAGUUGGCCCAGAUCAAGUACCUGCUGAUGCUGAGAUGGAGAAGGUUCUGUCGUCACUCCCACAUCAUUGAGCAGCUGUAUCCCUUCUACAAGGCCCAGGUAUCAAACCUGGUCAGUGAGUAUGAGGAUGCUGUCCAGCGGGCCAGGAGACUGGCUGUUUCCAGGGAGAAGGUCCUGACAGGGCGGGGCAACCCCAUUAACACGGUCACCCAGGAAGAUGUGACCAUCUACCUCACCUGGCUGGUCUGUCACCUGCAUGCCUCCAAGACCAUCCACCACUUCCUGACAGUGAUCCACUACAUCCCAGCCUCUGAGAAGAGGGAUAAAGAGUUAUUAAGGAAGUCCCCAUCAAUUUCCCCAGUGCUGGUUGAAUGUGUCCACACAUCUUCAGAAGAUAAAGACCAAGUCUUGGCUGGGCUUGAGGGGAUGUUUAGACUGGCUAACCAAGUUCCCAUGCACAUUGUGAAACUGGAGGAGUUCCUCCCAGAACUACAAAGCCUGGUCUCCUACUUCCGUUUGCCCUACGACACCCAAAACAUCAGGAACACUGCAGACGAGAUGGAGCUCUUCAGCAUGAUCUCAAAGGAGUUCAGGGUGAUCUUCAGACAGCAGGAGGUGAUGAAGACCUUCCUCCAGUAUGAUGGGACAGAGGCUGUAGAGGGACAGUGGGGGACGAAGAGGAGCACCAUGGCUCUGAGGAAGAGUGCUAACUGGAUACCAUACAUUCAGGUGAAGCCCAAACGGGAUCCCUGGCAACAGAAACUUGUCACCAAGCUGAAGGAGCUCCAGUCUUAUGAUGAGUUGCUGAGGACUCACUGCAGGUUUCUCCAGCUGUCAGAUCCUGCCGUAGUGACUGAGGCCCUGAGGGAGCAUGCUUCCCAGGUAUGUGACCCUCAGGCCAUCCAGCCCUCAUCAUCUCUGACAUCGUCACACACCAACAGACACAACACCUUGCAGAUCUGGACCAGCAUUUACAGCGCUGCCAAUCUUUAUCAGGAAUCCAGUGGAUGUGGAGGACAGGAAAAAAGCAACACAAAGAGCAGAACCACUUCAGUCAAGAAAGUAAAUGAAAGCUAUAGCCAUCUGAGCAGCAUGCAGCUGUUGGGUUUGGAUGAGGGCCAGGAAGGGGAAGAGGGUACCUCGGACACCGUCACAGCCAGGGGAGCCUACUUGUCACUCCUCUACCUUCGACACCUCAAGAUCAGGGAACUGCAGCGCAUCUCCCUAGGCAUUCUAAACUACCUGAGGUCCAUAGAGAGAACCCUGACUUUUGACACAGCUGGGAUGAGUGUGGAGGGAGGAGGAGCACGUGGAGGAGGAGCAGGAGGAGGAAGAGCAGCAGGAGGAGGAGGAGGAAGAGGGGAAGCAGGAGGAGGAGGAGGUGAUUUGGUCAGCACCACUGAGGAGUCAAGCUGGAUGAAUGCGGCCAGAGGGUGCAGUGGGACAGUCGGAGGUCUGGGCUCUCACCUCUACAGCCACAACACUCCUGUUGACUACAAGGUUCACUGUUCCGAGUUCAUGGAGUACCCAGAGGUGGAGAAUCUUCAUGAUUUCUACACCACUGAGGAGAGAUAUGUCCACACCCAGGACCAGCGAGGGCUCUACGUGGUGUACGACGUGGCUCUGAAGGACCUGGAGGAGCUGGAAGACACACUGAUUCUUCUGGGCUCACACUAUAUCCAGAGGAGUAGUUGGAGGGUCAAGGGCCAGUCUGAGGGCAGCAGGGUCAAGGGUCAGUCUGAGAGGUCACCUAGCUCUGCAGCGACAGACCUCCACUCUGCCUGGGCUCAGACAGAUGUGGAUAGAGUUGCAGUUCUCCUAGACCUGUGGACAUGCGAAGCUGCUUUUUUGGAGAGCAAAGUGCAGUUGUUGAACUGCUAUAUUGAGGCCUACCAGCAUGUGACAGGACCAGAGGAGAGGUUCUCCUUGGCUCAGGUCAUCACAGACAUCAUGCACAGAAGGCCUCGGCUACACCUGGACAUGGGAGCAGAGUACUUUGUUCAGGCCUACCGGGCAGAGAUGGUCUGCAUGCAGACACACCAGCAACUCAUCAGAGCCGUGCUGGACAACCAAAUAGAUCGUCAGCGGCAAUACCUCCACCGGGUGUGGAGAGGAGGUCAGGGACAGGAAGCUACUCCUUGUGACUAUGGUCUUCCUCCUAACUAUGUGGCCAAACAUCUGGUGUCCCUCGGUGGUGGCAGGCAAGUCGUAGUCCUACCCAUGAAUUAUAGACUGAUCACAGUAUGUGUGCGCACACCCCUGCCUGUCUGUCCUCUUGUUACCAGUCCUGCCCUGAUGAAUGUGUUCCUUCUGGAGGUGCACCACUCCCUAAGCCUGGCCUCUGAAAUGUACCAGGCCCUGACCCAGGCUCACACUGAGCUCUGCCAGCUCCACCGUGCCAGGGGGGUGACUGAGAGAGUCACCCUGGAACAGAGACUCCUACAGCGGGCUCUGCAGCACUGGCACUCCCUGGAUCCUCCCGGGGCCUACUAUAGCUCUCAAACUCAAAAGGAUUUGUUUUCAGAUGUUUUCAUGGAGGACCCCUCCCUGGUCCGAGCGUUGGGGGUCUCUCUGAUCAGAUCGGCUGAGGAGCAGGACAUGAAGCAGGGGAAGGAGAAACAGUUCUUUGCUGUGGAAACCUUCGCCAAGCUGCUGGAGUUAGUCACCAUCCGCCAUCGCCUUAUGGAGUCAGCAGCAGAGACUGCACAUCUGGCACAGUUAUACAAAACACAAGCUCUGGAGCUGGGCCUUGAUGAGUUCCACCUGUAUGUGCGCCCGGAGCAGUUUGAGUUUGCUGUCCAGAGAGACAAGGCAGAGCAUAGACCUCUGUUUGUUACGGCACUACUGCAGGACGACAGCUGUUUGGACAGGUACACUCCAUCUAAGUUUCCACUGAGCAUCCAGGAGCUUGAUGAGAACCAGAUUGGAAAAUUCAGCUUCUACUCUGAAGAGACAGUAGUGCAUCUCAUGAAUAGGUCAGGCAUAGAGAACCUGCAGGUGACCCUGGCCUGUCAGGUGACUCAGAAGAACGCUCUGAUUGGUGCAGUGAAGCAGGCGUGUCUAUGUUAUUGGUCAGAGACUUUCACAGGCUCUCCAGAGGUUCUUUGUUCUAGUGGCGAUGCAAGCUCCUUAGCUAAGCAGGGUCCCAAAGUUCGCAAAGAUACAAGUGAACCAAAGAUAACUGGUGCAGGAACCAGGGAGAGGCUGACCGAGGCGUUUGUCUCCAUCCAGCUGGAGAAAGUGGGUCCACGAGAUGAGAUGUUGAACUCUUUCGUAAAGAGGAGACAGAUCAUGGGUGUUGUGAUGAUGAACCCUGAUGAAGUAGCAAAAAUCAAGAGGAUGCUGAUUAUUGAGUUCUGUCGAAAAUUCAGUUUGCGCAUGUCCCAGUGUUGUGUGAGAGGGCAGAUUAUAGGCCUGUACCACAGCCUGACCACCUUACUGGACGAGCUGCCAGACAUCCGCCAGUCCCACUUCCUGAUUGGCCAGGACCAUGAGUUGAAAAGCGAUAUGGACUCAGGACUAGGUGUUCGUCCUGACCCCAGGAAGUUCCAGCGGCGUCCCAGGCGCCUGCUGUCAGCCGACGGCAGAAUGUUCCUCAACCUGUGGUUCCUCCCCCACUACACUGAGGUUCUCCUCAUGUUCAGAACCCUGGAGGACUCGGCAUGUUGCCGGGCUCUUCACCAUAGUCUGGAGAUAGUGUCUGCCCUGCAUGACAUCAUCUAUUACCUGGUCAGUUUCGCCCGACUGGGGAACCCAGGAGUCUUCAGCUCCAAGAGAGGAGGAGGAGCAGGAGGAGGAGAGCUUACAGCUGACUGGGGCGGCGCUGAAGGCAUCGGUGCGGAGCUGUGGGAGAUCCAGAAACAGGUUGACUCUCUUUGUGACCCUGGUAGCCCUGAGGCUGUGGGUCGCCUGCUUCAACUACGGAGACACGUGCUCUUCUUGCAGUACGACACCGCUGUGAGGCACCUCAUCAGAGAGGCGUUUCUCUCCUCUGGUAACAUCGUAGCCUAUCAGAGCGUGAGUGACAACAUGGGACACGCCCUCCCUGCACUGAGUGAUAGCGUCAGAACCAAUCACAGUUCUCUACUGUCUUUACCAGAGCCAAUGGAGCCUCACAGCCCCCGGGCUCAAAGGAUGUACCCAUGGAGAAGUUUUCUGGUGUGUCAUGGAUUGCACUCUGUAGACAUUUGGGGCAUCCCACCCAUUGAGUACUGCAUGCAGCUGUGUCUGAGUGGGCUGGGUGACCGCAGCAGGAUGGAGGCCAAUGGAGCGAUCCUGGGCGUGUCUCUACUAAUGGAGGAUGUCCUGAACAGCGGAGGGAGAGGGGCAGCACCGCUACGUCUCCAUGACAACAAGGCGGGGGACUCACGUGGAAAGCCCGAGGAAGAGGAUGGUAGCAGUGUGGAUGACAGUGUUGAUGAAGAAGAGAAGGGGAUCUCCUCUGCUCCCCUCCAGGACCCUCUCCAGGACCCUCUCCAGGUGCUGUCUGUGUUAAAGGGUUUCCUGCUCCUCACCAAACAGCUGGAGGUGUUUAAGGAGAGCUGGGGAAGGCGACAGCUAGGGGUGGAACAGAUCAAUACCAUGAAGAUCCACAGGCACUUCUCAAGACUCUACAGAGCAGACAUCCAGUACCCAAGUAUGAGAGCCCUGGCUCAAAAUAUGGGUAAAGAGAAGGACUUUGAGGCUCUGCUGUCUGACAGCCAGCCUCUACUGCCUCCUGCAGGAGCUUCCGAGGUUCACAUCAAGAGAUUCCAAUUGCUCAGGCUGCUGGAGAGUACGGAGUGUGAUAUGAUCCGAGCGGUACAGAGGAGGAUCACGAGAGAGCUGACCCUGGUGAUUUCGGAGCGGGCACGCCAAGACACAGGCCUCCCCACAGAGUUGUGGAAGCAAGGCCCCAUGAAGCACAGUCUGUCCCCAGAGAGACCUCAGUUAGUGGAGCGCUUCACCCAGCAGCUAAUGGAGUGUGCUGAGCAGACGGCGGAGGGACAGCUGACCUUCCCCGCGGCCCCCCUCCAGCGGUGUCUGUCCACUCUGGGCCGCUCUGUGAUGGAGAGAGAACGCAGCAGCUUCCUCCUCUACUCCCAGUUCUAUGAACAGAUCUUACAGCAGGAGAGCCAGCUGCUCUACCGCAGAGAACAGGAUGUGAAGAACCUUGAGGCGUCCCAGUCCCAGACCAUCAACCCUUACAGCGAGGUCAGUGGGCUCUGUCGUGGGAUGAUGUUGCAGACCACAGCCCUGCGUACCCGGGUCACCCAACUGGAGGAGGAACAGAGAGGUCUGGAGCAGCAGAUUAGCCUAAAAUACAGACAGCGCUAUGACUCCCUGGUCCGACAACUUUUCUCCACCUGCAUUCAACUGAAGGCCAGGCUUGAUGAGUACCAUGUGCGAAUGGACCAGGAUGUUACUCAGCUGGUGAGCAAAGUGAGGAGAGAGGGAGUGGAUAACAUCAUCAAGCUGAAGAAGUUUGGCUCCACUACAGGCAAUGAAGCUCUUCUUACGACACAGUCGGAGAAGCAGGAGCUCCAUGACCUGAGCAUGGAGAACAGUCUGCUGACUGGCCUGCUGUCUAAGGUGAAGGCACUGGGCCACUGGAGACAGGUGGUUGGACAGGGCAAGCUUCACCGUAGAUUGCUCCACAGCCAGCAGAGGGAGAUGUCCUGUCAGAGGGAGGCACUGCAAAUGAAGAUGAUGUCAGAGGGUGAAGUGAUCGUACUGAAGCAGGAACUGGAAGUCACUCAGAGGGCCAUGACACAGUGUCAGACGGAGUACAACUGCACCAAGAGACUGCUCAGCAAACAGAGCGCAGAGCUCCAUGAGGUGAGGCAUCACUCUGCUCAGGAGGUCCAGAGCAGACAGGAGCUGGACAGCUACCACCUGCAGAGCCUGGAGCAGCUGAGAGAGGGCGUGGGGGACAGAGACAGACAGCUCCAAGACCUCAGGACUCAGCUGGACAGGAGCAGCAGAGACAGACGGCUACUGAGACAACGCAGUGCCAAAGACAUCAGACAGGUGAAGGGCCAGCUUCAUCAGGAACGCAGCCUCAAACAGGAGGCUUUCCAGCGGGUGGACAAGCUGCAGAGCCAGGUAGAGGACGUUGAGACUGCUCUCUCCAGGUGUACCUACACAGCAGGGCGACGCAAGACAUCCUGUUACACUUUCCCUCACAACAGAUCCAGCAUCAGAAACCCAGAACACGCUGGCCCGCAGCAGGACGAUAGCAAGAGGGAUUCUACCACCCAGCUGGAGAGACCCAAAACAGAACCGCCUCGCCUGCGUAUCCUCACCACGGAGGCCCUGCUACCAAACCUCACUGACGGAGGCCCAACCUCCUCUAAUCUCCUCACACACCUUCAGCAGCUGCGACUCAACCAUCAGUAAAAAUGAUGCUGUUCUUGUAGAAAAAUGUCAACCAUGUUGUAACAAGUAAUGAAAACAAACGUUUAUUGGUGAUGAAAAUGAUACACAGUAUGCGAAGGACCUUUAUACACCUGGGCGGCUAAAACAAGAAACAAAAACAUUGUAAAACACCUUGUUUAAAGCUAUAACUUGGUGUGAUCUCAUUGUUGCAGAUGCUACCAUACAAAUGUAGUAAGACAAACCAAAUAUGAAGAGUUGAGACAGAACUACAUAGGCCCAGUGUAUCCAGGCUCAAUACACACACAACCUUUAAAAAGGUUAUUGUAGAGGAAACAUAACCUUACAGUUUAUGGAUAAAUCAGGUUAAGAAUGACUGUUAAUCUCUUCACUCACAUGCAGGGGGAAAAAAAUCUGACUUGAGCAAAAACAUGGUUUGCCUGGUCUCAGAUCUGUUUAUGCCGUUUUGCCUACAGUCAUUGGAAUUUAACCAUCUGACUUGGCUAAAAAGCACAAACUUAUCUGGGCCCGGGCUAUAAUGUGGGGAUGAUCAAUAGGUUAAACCAUAGCAUCCUCUGAACAGUCUAAUAUUUGUGGCAUGUUCAUCAGAUUAGAAACUACACCAGAUAAUAGAAGGACAUUCAAAAAAAAGGGUUGCAUGGAAGAAUACAAAAAGAGUUGAGUUCUGACAAUACAAAUAAAAUAUCACAAAACACACGCAGGAUUGAUGCCUAUUUUGGAAGCGAACACACACAAAAAAAUGUUUCAAACUAUCCAUCUGGGGUGCUAAUCAUGUUUUCAACCAUGCAAAGUCUGCACCGGUCUCCCCCCCCCCCCAAAUGGAAUACAACUGUAGAAUAAACUGUACAGGGAUUCAGAGAAGAAGGACUUAAGGUCAAAUAAAGUGAUUUGUCUUUUA